UCUCAGCCGAGGGGGUAGUUAACAUCAGCACGACCACCGAGCAGCAGCGAGUCUUUCCCCCUGAAUCCUCAUAAUGCAUGGGGGCAAGAGAGGACUGGUGGCUCCGCAAAACACUUUCCUGGAGAAUAUAGUCCGGCGCUCCAGCGACACCAGUUUCCUGCUGGGAAACGCGCAGAUCUUGGACUGGCCGGUCGUGUACAGCAAUGAUGGAUUCUGCAGGCUGUCGGGUUACCACAGAGCCGAGGUCAUGCACAGGAGCAGCAUGUGCAACUUCAUGUACGGUGACUUGACUGAUAAGACGACUAUAGACAAAAUCAGACAAACCUUUAACAACUAUGAGUCCAAUUUCUAUGAAGUGCUGCUCUACACAAAGAAUAGAACGCCGAUAUGGCUUUACAUGCAGGUCGCUCCAAUCAGAAAUGAAAAGGACAAGGUGGUGCUGUUUCUCUGCACCUUCAGAGACAUCACACUUUUCAAGCAGCCAAUCGAAGACGAAUCAACAAGAGGAUGGACAAAGUUUGCCAGACUGACACGGGCGUUGACCAACAACCGAAACCUGGUGCAGCAGUUGGCGCCACUGAACAAGACUGAGGUCAGCCACAAGCCCUCCAGACUGGCUGAGGCUCUCCAGUUGGGUUCAGACAUUCUCCCUCAGUACAAGCAAGAGGCCCCCAAGACGCCGCCGCACAUCAUUCUCCAUUACUGCACCUUCAAGACCACGUGGGACUGGGUCAUCCUCAUCCUCACCUUCUACACCGCCAUCAUGGUACCCUACAAUGUCUCCUUCAAGACUAAGCAAAACAACCUGGCUUGGCUGGUGCUGGACAGCGUCGUGGAUGUCAUCUUCCUGAUCGACAUUGUACUGAACUUCCACACCACCUUUGUGGGUCCUGCUGGAGAGGUCAUCUCAGACGCCAAGCUGAUACGAAUGAAUUACCUGAAGACGUGGUUUGUCAUCGAUCUGCUGUCCUGUCUGCCCUACGAUAUCAUCAACGCCUUUGAAAAUGUAGAUGAGGACGUCAUCACAUCUGCAUCGUCAGCGAGUCAUCUUCGUGAAUCUUCAAACUUCCACAGAAAUACCACACGGACAGAAGACUCUGUGCUUCCAGGUCUCAGCAGCCUCUUCAGCUCCCUAAAGGUGAUCCGACUGCUCCGUCUGGGCCGAGUUGCCCGGAAGUUGGACCACUACCUGGAGUACGGAGCGGCCGUCCUGGUCCUGCUGGUGUGCGUGUUCGGUCUGGUGGCCCACUGGCUGGCCUGCAUCUGGUACAGCAUCGGGGACUACGAGGUCAUCGACGAGACCACCAACACCAUCAAGACGGACAGCUGGCUCUACCAGCUGGCUGUGAGCAUAGGGACUCCUUACCGCUACAACACCAGCGGCACAGGCCAGUGGGAGGGUGGCCCCAACAAGGACACGCUGUACAUUUCCUCUCUGUACUUCACCAUGACCAGUCUCACCACCAUCGGAUUUGGAAACAUCGCUCCGACCACGGAUGGAGAGAAGAUUUUCUCUGUGGCAAUGAUGAUGGUGGGCUCGCUGCUGUACGCAACCAUCUUUGGAAAUGUCACCACCAUCUUCCAGCAGAUGUACACCAACACAAACCGCUACCACGAGAUGCUCAACAAUGUGCGUGACUUCCUCAAACUUUACCAGGUUCCCAAAGGCCUGAGCGAAAGAGUCAUGGACUUCAUUGUCUCUACCUGGGCCAUGUCAAAGGGCAUUGACACAGAUAAGGUUCUCUCAACUUGUCCCAAAGACAUGCGAGCAGACAUCUGCGUCCACCUGAACAGGCAGGUGUUCAACGACCACCCAGCGUUUCGUCUGGCGAGCGACGGCUGCCUGCGCUCCCUCGCCGUGGAGUUUCAGACCACGCACUGCGCGCCCGGAGACCUCAUCUUCCACAUUGGCGAGAGCUUGGACACGCUCUGCUUCGUGGUCUCUGGUUCACUCGAAGUCAUCCAGGACGAUGAGGUCAUCGCAAUCCUAGGUAAAGGUGAUGUGUUUGGAGACGCAUUCUGGAAGGAGUCCACCCUGGCCCGCGCCUGCGCGAACGUCCGGGCUCUGACUUACUGUGACUUGCACGUCAUCAGGAGAGAAGCGCUGAUGAGGGUCCUGGAGUUUUACACAGCGUUUGCCAACUCCUUCUCCCGCAACCUCAUACUGACCUGCAAUCUACGAAAACGGGUCAUCUUCAGGAAGAUUGCUGAUGUGAAAAGGGAGCAGGAGCGUCAGAGGAGUGAGGUGACCCUCACCAUCCCUGAGGACCACCCGGUCCGAAAGCUGUUCCAGAAGUUCAGGCAGCAGAGAGACUCUCAAACACCAGGGGAGCCUCACGCUUAUCUCGAACAUAACUGUGUGCAGGUGGAGCCGCAGCAGCAUCACCACCACCAACCCCCCUCCGACUCAAACCCUUAUGCACAUUGUCAGGCUGUUUCUUCUCAGCAGCAGGAGAAUAAUGUGACCUGCGCAGGAGAAGGGAGCACAGACAGCGGAUGUAGCACCGCUGCACCUCCGCAUACGUUUGUCCUCACGGAAACGUCAGAGCAGAGUUCCACACAAGAGGCAGGGGAGUCUAUAUCAAGGCCUUGUGCAGAGAGGGUAAACAGCCCUGCACGGGGCAGUGGUGCAGGUGGAGAGGGAGCUGUAGGGGGUGUUAAGGCUGGCAGAGGUGCCAGAGGAUGGGCAAAGUUCAGGAAUGCAACCUCUGCUGCCCCAGCGGCUCCUGCUGUCGAGCAAGAAAAGCAGGCACAGAAAGCAGAGCAGUGGCCGAAGGGAUCGCAAUCCUCAGAACAGUUAGUAGCUGCCAACAAUUCAGAGGAAGGUGGAGAGAGCGCAGAGGGAGGCAACAGUGCAGGAGAAACAGGUGAAGAAACGAGCGCCCUGCACAAAACCGACUCCUGCGACAGCGGCAUCACAAAGAGCGACCUGCGCAUCGACCGAGCCGGGGAUUCCAGGAGCUCCUUCGAGAGAAGCCCCAUGGAAAAGAGCCCGAUGGAGAGGAACCCGUUCGAGCACAGCCUCGCUGUCGACUCCCUCAAACACUCUUAUGUGCAGCCGGUGCCCGAGCAGGUUCUCCAGGCGACGCUGCACGACGCCAAGCAGGAGCUGAAGGGCGACAUUCAGGUCCUGAGCGGCCGGCUGUCAGUGCUCGAGUCUCAGGUGGGCGAGAUCCUCAGGUUGCUGUCGAUGAAAAGGAGACUGUCACUGCCGCCGACCUCCUCUCCAAAGGCGAGGGUCAAGAGUCAAGACUCAGUCUCUGCCUCUGCCUCCAGGCCUGCUACACCCAAAACAGAUGAUGGGCCUUUUUGAAUUCACUGAUUAAAAACCCACAAACUAGAUCUCUUAAAAAAAAAAACUGAUGUCUAUAAGCAUCAUGCAUGUCCUGCUGGACUCUGGCCUGCCAAAGAAAUUUCUUGCAUUAAACACUUGACUGCAUGCAGAAAUCCUCCAUGUUACCUUAGCACUUGAAGAACCCAGGGAUUUUUCUAACAGUCUUUGACUCAUGAGGCACUUUGGUCCUGUGUAGAGCUACGUAUCUCAUGUAUGAUACUCUUAAGCAUCUUAGUCUGACAUGAAGUAGCUGAGGUCAAGUCACAUUUUUUAAACAUAUUUUGAGUUGUCAUUUUCAUGAUCUUCCCUUUUUCCUGGAGGUCAGUUUGCAGUUUUGGGCAGAACGUCUGAAAGACCUGGAGCUCAGUAAAACUCCUCCACAUACACUUCCUGUGUGUUAAAUAACAGUCUCGCUUUGUCUAAUUUAGGAGGAAACUCUACAGUGUUUAAGAUGUUGUUGCUCAUCCUCACUGGAGUAACAAUGGUGACUACCUUUCUAUUAGUCAGCUGUCAGGUAAUUAAACAUGUGCCUUACAAUAUAAAGCCUCAUUCAGUGUUGUUGUGAUGAGACAAACAGAACUGGAGGAUAAUGGAAAAUAUUUUUGUCUCCUGUUAAUCUAUCACAGCUCUAUGCAUUCCUUAUAUGAACUUAAAAAAAAAAAACCUCUUUAAAUUGUGUUUGAGCUCUUUCCCAUGCAUGUGAAGUAGGAAUAUAGUAAUGACAGUUUAAUUAUUUUAACAUUUUUACUGUUAAUUUUCAUUGUUUCAGUUUUUUGGUGAAAGAUUUUUUCUCUAACAAGGUAUGAAUAUUUCAGCAGGUGAUGCAGCAAACUUACUGUCUACUCCUUCAUGUAACUUUGUCUCUUGCUCAGGUAUAUUUGUUCUAAUGAAUUCUUUAUUUAGUAUUAGUGAUUUUAUAUUUGCCUGCUUGUAAGAUUAAAUAGUAUUAAAAUGCAAAUAAUGUUUUUAGAUCAGAGAUGAUUUAAAACAAUGGGCCACCACACACACGUUGCUAUGCAAAUCUAAAUGAGCGUGCACCCUGAUUGGUGACAAACGUUUUCAUUUGUUUCUUCUGUUUGGAUAAAAAAAAAAAAGUGAUAAGAAAGAUGUAAAGUUUUAUUUCAUUGUCCGUAUGGCUGCAACUUUAAUGAUGAAAGCAUGUAUGUGAUGGUUAGAUGAUGUAAUGUUUAUUUUAUCUUAGAUACAUAAAUGACCUUGCAUGCACCCAGGGAACCUGUCAACAGUGAAGUGAAUAAUGAAACUGAUGCCUGAUCACAGUCUGUUGUUUGGUCUCCUCUGUCAUGCAACACAAAAGUCAGUCUGUGCAGAAAUCUGAAGCCACGAAAACUGCAGCAUCCAGGUGAGUUAAAGCAGAAUUUGUGAGGGUAAGU